AAAACCCUAAAAAAAUAUAAAAAAAAUAAAAAUCUAAAAGACAAAGAAAAACAGCAAACAAAACUAAUGGUGAAAUAUUUACACAUAUAUACCCAUAAAGCUCCCUCUUUUAUUCCCAUUCCUCACUUUCUUUUCUCUCUCUUCAUUUCAUUUUGCAGGAAACCACCCCUUGAGUGAUGAGAUUCUCCACUAUAUUUUGAAGAACCCCAUCAACCUUUACAAAAGAGAAAGAAAGAACAAUAAGAGAGUGAGAAAGAAAGAAAGAAGAGGAGAGAUUCAACAAUGGUUUUUUCCUCCAUCCCAGCUUAUCUUGAUCCAGCCAACUGGCACCAGGCUAAUACUCAGCAUCCUGGAGGUACUACUAGCUCAACUUCUCACCUUCCACUUUCAUCAUCACCCGCACCACCACCUCCGGCUCAAUCUCAGGCUCAGCCAAGCCAUGGAGUUGGUUUGGGUUCAAUUAGACCUGGUUCAAUGGCUGACCGAGCCAGGAUGUCUAAUAUACCCAUGCCAGAGACAGCUCUAAAGUGCCCAAGAUGUGAAUCUACCAACACUAAGUUUUGUUACUUCAACAACUACAAUCUUACCCAGCCAAGACACUUCUGCAAAACCUGCCGAAGAUAUUGGACACGUGGCGGUGCUCUUAGAACUGUCCCGGUUGGAGGAGGUUGUCGGAGGAACAAGCGGAGCAAAUCCUCCGGCGGUGGCUCAUCCUCCAAGUCUCCGGCUUCUGCUGGUACCGGUUCAAUCACAUCAAAUACUAACUCAUGUGGCCCAAGUGGCGCUUCUUCUUCUGGCGGUGGUGGUGGUGCGUUGUUAGGUUUAAGUCCACAAAUUCAUCCAUUGAGGUUCAUGGCUCCUCUGAGUCAACUCAGUGAGUUUACUCAUGGGGGUGAUCAUAUUGGGUUACAACACUAUGGUGGUGGAAUGUCUUCUCACUUGAUGUCGUCAACUAAUCAUGACAUGAAUGGUUUCUCUCUUGGAGGUGGUCGGUCAUUCUUAUCGGCCACAGGAGGUGCUGGGGUUGAUCAGCCUUGGCGAUUUCAACCCCAGAUGUCGUCUUUCGCUGGCUUGGAAUUAGGUCCGGGAGGUGGAAUGUUCCCACUUCAUGGGAAUGUUGAGGCGAGGCCCAAGUUGUCUAUGUCGGGAAUAAUUGAUCAAAUGGGAAGGGGUGGGGGGUCGGUGAAGAUGGAGGAUAGUCAUCAUCAAGGAUUGAAUUUGUCAAGGCAAUUCUUGGGGAUGCAACAAGGAAAUGAUAAUCAUCAUCAACAUCAACAACAACAACAAUAUAUUACUAAUUGGGGAAGUGGUAAUGCAGCUGGAACUAGCUCAUGGACUGAUCUUUCUGGGUUUAGCUCUUCUUCCACUACUAGUAAUCCUCUAUAAUGAAUUAUGGUGAUCUUGAUUGACUCUCUAUGUACUAAUGGGGCUAAACUGAUUAUGGGUUGAAGUUCACUUUUUUUUUUGUUAUUACUAAUGUGUGGAGAAAGAAGACAUGCAAGUAGCUGAGUUAGAUUGAAAACUUUUAGUAAAUUUCAUGUUAUUGUGGGGGCUUUGAUUUGGGAAAUGAUGAAAACCGUAGUGUGUAGGUUUCCUCUCUAUAUUUUGUUUAAGGACAGAGUUAAUGAAUUUCAAUUUUAGUUUGAGUUUCAUUGUUGUUAAUUUGCAUAAUAUAUAUAUAUAUAUCAUAACAUAAACUUGGUUUGGA